AUGGCGAAUAUUCAAGUAGCCUUUCUGCUGAGCCUAUUGAUGGCUCUCACUUUCUGUUGCCUCACAUUUGCCGUUGACCCAGCAUCUCUUCAAGACUUCUGUGUGGCAGAUAGUAACAACCAAGUGAAACUGAACGGAUUCGCUUGCAAAAACCCUACUUGGGUUCAGGCAAAUGACUUCUCCUUCAGCGGCCUCCACAACCCUGGCAACACAGGCAACCCUUUUGGCUCAGCUAUCACCCCUGUUACAGUGGCUCAAAUUCCAGCGCUCAACACUUUGGGAAUCUCGUUGGUCCGUAUCGAUUAUGCUCCAUGGGGCGUUGUUGUUCCUCAUUAUCAUCCUAGAGCCACCGAAAUUAUCACAGUCGUCGAGGGAUCUCUCGAAGUUGGAUUUGUCACAUCAAAUCCUGAUAAUCGUCUCAUCUCCAAAACUCUUCGGAAGGGAGAUGUAUUUGUGUUUCCAAUUGGGCUAGUUCACUUCCAGCGGAAUGUUGGCCACAUGAAUGCGGUGACAAUUUCUGGUUUGAAUAGCCAAAAUCCAGGAGUUAUUACCAUUGGCAAUGCUGUUUUUGGCUCCAAGCCUGACAUAUCCAAUGACAUUCUCGCAAAGGCGUUCCAGGUUGACAAGAACAUUGUGAACCAGAUCCAGGGAAAGUUUUAA